UAUAAACAGAACACUAUUUACGGGGAAUCAUAAGUUAACGAACCGUAACCUUGAAUGUUCCUGUUGUUGUGUUGUAUAAAUUGAUAGUAGCAUUCUCAUUUUACCAAAUCAUAGUGCUAAAGAAGAAACAGCAGAUUAAAAAGAAAAGAUUUGAUCAUAUCAAGGCAGGGAAGUUUACUUGUCAGAACGCCCAUUGUAUUUUUCAAAGGAAAGCACAACCGCACGCAACAUCAAAGGGAUCCCAGUCGCAAUGGAACUGCAAAGAAGUAUUUCUUCAAUAGAUGUUGCAACUUCGGAAAUUAUUCGUGACUCAAUUGACAGGGACGUCACUAUCCCUGCAGAUCAAGACAGACAUCGAUUCCUAUUAACAUCACCGCGAUACACUUUCCUAUUCCCGGCUUUUUCUCGCUUGAAUAAAGAUCUUUGCGAAUAUAUUUUCACAGCUUUAGUGAACAUUGCCCUUGAAAAUGAGUUGGAAAACAACAGGUCUCUCAACUGGUGUAAAAUUCUACCUAAGUUUAUUCCUAUAAACACCUUGGGAGAUGGAAAUUGUUUGAUGCAUGCGGCUUCACUUGGUAUGUGGGGUAUUCAUGACCGAAGAUUAACGCUGAGAAAAACUGUUUAUCAAGUUCUUAUUGAAGAUCAAACAGGAGUGUAUCGAGAACGCUGGCAGUCGGAAGUGGAAAGGCAGUUGGAGGGUCAGAAUAGUGGAAGUCCAAUGGAUAUUGGCAUUGAGCAAUGGAGCGAAGACUGGAAGAAAACAGUUGCUCUGGCAUCAACAGCAAAAUCAAUCAAAAACCAUAGCUUCCACUUUCUAGAGGAAAUUCAUAUAUUUGCCUUAGCUAAUGUUCUUCGAAGACCAAUUCUGAUAAUAUGUGACAAUUUUCAUCGUGGUGACUAUGAUGAACCAAUUGCUGGUGUGAACCUUGGUGGCAUAUACUUACCACUGUUGUCAGACUCUGUGGAUUGUAUCAAAACUCCUCUUCUGAUUGGCUAUCACCAUGGACACUUUACAGCACUUGUGAUGGCAGAAAAUAAUGAGAGAGGGCAUGCAUUGGAUAAUCACAAAUUGGUGAUGGGAAUACCAUUAACUAAAUAUGAUGGCCAGCCUAUGAAACUUCAUUCUUUGUUACCAGAGGAAAGCAAUUACUCUGAUCGAUUACUACGGGAAUAUUUGAACUGUUUAAAGUUAGAUUACACUGAUGAAAAUGGGUGUAUAAUGGAAAUACUUGUAGCUAAAUUGGAAGCUUUUGAACAAGAUCCACAUCUUGAUAGAAUGUUAAAACGAUAUUUCAAAUCAAUGGAACAUAUAUACUUGGAAACAUUGGCAAUGAAACAGCUAUCACUUAAUGAUCAAAGUACAAACACAUUAUAUUCAACACAUCAUGAAGACCAAUUUAAAAAUAGUAAGGAGCAUAAACCCUGUGCAAAGAUUAACUGCAGAAACAUUGCCAGUGCUGAAAGCAAUUAUUGUCAUCAAUGUAGAAACACAGACAACAUCCGUAUUUGUACUUCUCCUGGCUGUGGUUACACUGCCAACCCAGAUUAUGAAGGCCUAUGUUCUACCUGUUUCACCAAAUUGCAUGCAUUAUUGGAGGAGGGGCCUCACAUGGUUACCCCAUCAGCACCACCUAAUGAUAGAUGUUAUAAUAACUGUGUGAACAAAGCAAAUGUUAACUUACAUGGCCUGUGUUAUGAUUGCUACAAAGAAAUAUAUAAUAUUCACCAAAUAACAAAAAAUCAUGUAGAACCAUUCUCAUCAACAAUAAACUACAACACAAUUGAAAGGACUAUCAACAAUGGAACAGAAGAUGAUAAAACUUUUGAGCAGGUUCAUGCAAGUGUGGUCACACAACCAGCUGUAUCUCGUUCAAAUUCUGGCUAUGUUUUGCCAAAUUCACAAUUAAAUGGACCAGAUAUGGCUGUGACCAACAAAAGUCAACUAUGUUAUCAACACUAUCUUCACUUAUCCAGGCGAAAAUCAGUAUCCCAUGUGGAAGCAGUCAAGACAAAAUGUCUGACUGAAGAAUGUCAAUUCUUCGGCAUCCCAGAGAAUGAUAACUUGUGUUCACAAUGUUACGCAAAGGCAUUGCAACUUGAAUAUGACUUAGAGUCUGAAAAGAAGAUCAAAGCUGAACAAGAACGAGCUAGAAGGAACUGGCAAAUAGCACAACAGCAAAAGAAUACAAAUCAUGAUUUCAACAGACUUCAUUAUGUGAAUGAACCCCAAUAUUAUCAGCCAAUUGUUUGGAGACAAAGUAUUUCAGCGCCUUCAUCACCAGCAAAAAGGCGACCAUCAAAGUUGAUACCAUGUGUAACUAAAGGUUGUGGAUGUUUUGGUACAGAAGAAGAUCAGGGUCUUUGUCAUAAAUGUUUGAAGAAGAAGGAAAUGCUUUUGUCAGAAUAGACAGUUUGCGUGUUUUAACAAAUUUAACAAACAGUUUUUUAACAAAUUUUGUUUCCACGAACUAGAAAUAUUGUCGUUGUAAUGUUUAAAUUAGCACAGUUUGUUGAGUCUUGAUAUCAACAGAAUUGUAUUGGUUUAGUAAUAAAGUAAUAUGUUCACUUACUCAUAAA